CCUCUAUCACGAUCCCCAGCGGACUAGCAUUUCUAACCCGGGACCCGUCUCAAAAAAUAAUGUGGGCUGAUAUUUACAGACUUCAAGUUACAACUUAUCUCCACUCCACACAAACAGUUCGUGUCAAUGGUGUCAAGUCAACAGGUUGCAGAUAAGACGGAUAAUUAAGCUUGAAAAUGAUGAUGGAAUCGAGCAAUGGUGGGGUGGAGAAGGACUUCCAUAUCAUUUUGACAAAAGGAGAUCACAUUUUCAAGAUCGACAUUCCUGUAGAAAUUCCAUUUCCGGAGACUAGGAUUCUGGAAUUUACACAAAGAAUUUUGACAGUAUUUGAUCUCCCAAUUAUUUUUGAAGAUGAAGUGGAGGACAAAUUAAAGGAGUUUGUAAGAAGGGAAAAUUUUGGUUUUUUAUCAAGCGAAACAAACGUUGAGGAAUCAAAGCUUGAAGCAAAUAUCCUCGAGUUGGAGAAAUCGUUUAUGCACGAGACGCUUGAAUUUAGUCCACCGGAAGUUGUUGGCGAUGACGAAGUUUUUGCGGAUGCUUAUCAUUCGCUGGUACAUUCCCCUCUACUCGUAUCCUUAUUGAGGAAAGAAAGUGCCCUCAACUCAUUAAUAAGAGAGUCGUUUCGUAAAAAGGGAAACGAAUUGGCUGAGUUGAGAGGAAGACACUACCAUGAACUAAAGAGCGCUGUUGGCCAAGCUACACAAAAUGGAACUACGGCAGACACUUCAGCCCUUCAACGACUCCAUAUGGAAGAGGAACACAUGGUGACUACCCGUUGGGAAAGUUUGAUAGAAAGCGAGAAGGCUUCUCAGAAAAGAGAAUUCCGGUCUUGGGUCGUGCACACUUAUCAGGAUUACUACAUUGAAAAUGCUGAAGAACAAGACGCAGGAGGCGCUGGAAAUUCUAAGAAAAAUAUGAAGAAAAAGUUAUCCGUUCGAUUCGAUGACUCUUUAAUGAUCAGCUAUCGUGAUGAAACUGGGGCUGAAGGUGGUUCUGGAGAAGAUUCCUAUAUACAAGAAAGUUUCACUAUUCAUCUCGGCUCCCAGUUGAAGCAAACUUAUAACAUUCGACUCCUCUGCUGCAACCCAAUCAUGGACUUUUUACGGUUCAAAAAUGAAAGCUCGAGAGAAAUUAGUCCACAACGUCUGCAGAUGGCAAUAUCCUUAUAUUCUUCUGACCUCUCUGGUAUUGUUUUAUUGACUGACACGGAACCAAAUGUGUAUAAUGAUGAUUCUGUGGAAAAGGACUUGAACGAGUUGACAAAUCAAACAACAGAUUUCCAUUUCGAAAGCUUGGAGACCCAACUCAAGUUUUAUAAUCAAAAUAAAAUUGAGCUCAAACCUGGAGACUUUCUGUUAACGAGACACUCCAAUUUGAACGCUGCACAUGUUGUAUUCCAUCUCGUCUGCAAUCAGGGUUCACUAAACCGAUUGGAUAACAUUAAUUCUCGCCAUCCCGUUAUUCUCGGACUCCGGAAUAUUUUAAAGAUUGCUUGCCUUAACGAAGUCACUACAAUUACAGUUCCUGCUCUCUUGGCUCAUGAGAUGACUGAGGGAAUGACGGUUGGUUGGUGUUCUCGACGAGCGGAAUUAGUUUAUAAAUGUGUCAAAGGGUUCAUGAUCGAGAUGGCUUCUUGGGGAGGAGCAGAAAUGAAGAAUCUGCAGUUUGUUGUUCCAAAGGACAUGCCUGAAGAAAUAUUCCACGCGCUGGCCGCAAUGCUUCCGAAUAUUUUCAGAGUUUCAAACCCACUUCGGCUAAGCUCAUCAAGUUCAAGUCAUAGUUUACAACAUCAAUCAAGUCACUAAGUUAUUAUUAAUAGUUUUCGUAACAGUAGUGCAAAGUUUUCGCUUCCUAGCUUUAAAUACUCUAGUCAUUUCAAAUUUGAAGUGUGGUACUAGAAUCAGACUAUGAAUUGAUUAGUCAAACCCCGCACACGCACCGUUUCUUCCGAAUAAUGCAAAAUGUUUAAUUCAGAUUUUAUCUAAUCGCAAAUAUUAUCUUAAACCAUGUAUAUCAAAUUCAGUUUUGUGUAAAGAUGAAUCAAUAUAGCAGCAUGAACCACUCAUUUUUUGUCAAUAUACUGUAUUCUUGGAACUUAUUGCGUGUUGUAUGCAAUAACUUUUGUGUAAUCCACUCGUAACACCUACAAAUCCUGUAUAACUAACUAGUACCUACCAGCUAAGGAUAAGUCACUUUUAUUAUGUAUGAAUCUCUACCUAACCAUAUAAUCGUCCGUCAGUUCAACAUCAAAAACAAGACGACCGGCUCGCCAACAAAUCUCUCAACAAUUCUCAAUUUCAACUCAUCAUUUCUUCUUUCCUUCUUCUCGUCCAGUCCCUCCGUCCGUCCACCUCAAUAAAAAGUUGGAAAACAAUCAUCAUAUCAUCAUCAUCAUCUUCACCACCAAAAAUCCUAGCUCUCCUCCCGUCCAGUUAUUAUAUAGCAAACAACAUGCCACUACCAACCAUGAGACCAGCUUUAUUGAACCACCUCAAUUCAAUAUGAGAGGAAAAAUAGUAAAAAUGCUCCCGGGCUCCUGCUAAUGUAUAUACUUUGAAGUAGCAGAUAUGGAGUAAGUAAGAAGAACAAGUCCCAUCCAUCCAUGCAAUUUAGUUUAGUUCAGUUUUGGUGUGUUAUGUUAUGUAAAGGUGCACAUGUUUUUAUUUUCCUUUACCCAGUGCCAGCUAGCUUAUUACUUGCAGCUUGUUUAAUAAUGCUUCAACCCUAUCCUUCCAAAUGAAGAAAGGUGAGCAUGGCAUGAUGGCAAUACGGCAUGGCUGACUGUCUGACUGUCCUUGACUUGUGCCGUGAGUCCAUCCAACUAUAAAGCAAGUAAACCCUCUUCUUUUAAUGCUUCUUUCUGCUGCUGGAUCUGGAUAUUCCAGCAAAUAUAUAAGGAGAGAGAAAGAAACGAGAAGAAGAAUCUCCCAUCAUAUCAUCAUCAUCAUGAGAAGAAAGAAGUAAAAAGUAAAGCAGUUUCCAGCCAGCUCUUCCCUCUGUACAUUACAUCUCCUCUCCGUGUCAAUAAUUCUCUGUAUAAUAAUAUUUUAAAUAAGUCAAAAUUUUCGUAACUAACUGUACAGUUUUGCUAGGUAAAGGUGAAAGCACUAUACUCUAGUAGCUUCUCCCGCAUGUAGAUCAUUAAAACUUAUAUGUAAAGUGUACCAUUUGAACUGAUUGUACUCUCAAUUUGUAUCAAAGCGUAAUAAUCUAUACACUGUACAAUUAUUGAUUCCAACUGAUCUUCCAAUUUUUAUAUUCCAAUUUUAAUAACGAAUUCUAAUAUAUCUUGAUCAAAACAGUGACUUUUUCAUAAUCAAACCCCUUCAGCGUCCUUUUUUAAGAUCCGCCGUAAUAUAUUUAUUAAUGACGAACGAGUGAGUGAGUGAACGAAAGACAAACGUGACGUAAAUAUUAUAUGAACCUUUGUUCUUGUUAAAACUGGGUAAUAACGAUAGUAUAAUGUUACUUGAGUGAAGUACUAGCUCUUGAUAACAAAUUAUCUCUUUCUUUAUGAGGUCUUUAACUGGGCAAUAGAUUUAUGCAUACAAGCCAACUAUUUAAAAUAAACGAGUGUAAAAUAGGAAAAGUGUGUACAAUAUCGUCUGACAUAUUAAUGUAAUCUUUUCUUUUAUACCUAAUCACACUAUAAACUGAAAUAAUAUAGUAUUUAUCUCGUGU